GUAAGACAAAAGCGAAGUUCAUAGCUGAAUAGUUGUAUUAGCAAAUGCAAAAAUGGGAAGAUAAGAAGCUACCAUCGGCUAACUAUAAACUUGCUAGCUUAACAGUAAAAAGACCGAAGUAAAAGAUACAGGCGAAAUCACAAGCGGUAGUUGAUUACUCUCGUCUAUCGUGUCUAGAUGAUCACGUCUGACGACACUGAGGCGGAAGCGGGACGAAAACAACAACCAGUUUUUUUCAUAUUCUGAGCUUUUUUAAAGAGCACUACUAUAUACAAUGGACGUGGUGUUUUCUUCUCUCUCAGGAGACCAAACUCCCAGGGUCCCCUGGGCCCAAAGGUAUCCAUGGAGACCAAGUAACGCAGACCCUGAGGGUGGUGAAGCAGGAGGACUGUGGGCCCCUAACAACACCCCUAACAACGUACUUGAGUUUUGCCCAUGUGAAAACAGAAGAAGAGGAGGAAGAGAUAUGGGGUGUGGCUCACCCAAGUACAGGUGCUCUUGCCUUCUCUCUCUUUGUGAUUUGUUUAUUUACAACUUGCCGGGAUUUCAAUCUUGUGUGUUUCCUUCAGGGUUCUUCAACGUCAAGAAGGAGGAAGAGGAAGAAGCCAUUGUAUAUCCUAUACAGCCUAAUGACAACCCAAGCCCCACUUCUGACAUUACCAGCCACAGUUCUGACGACUCCAGCCCUGACAAUGGCCCUCGAGCCACCCCUGACAAGAACAACCCCCGCCAUAACAACGACCCCAGGUCUGGCCCUGCCAGUGGAGGGGCAUCGGACAAGGACCCUGCAUCCGGAGAGGAAGAUGAGGAGGGAGAUGAGAGGAGCUCCCAGAUCUCAGCAAACCCAGGGACUAAGCCCAACAAGACCAAAGGCGGUCAUCAGAGGCCGUUCCCCUGCUCUAGGUGUGGGAAGCGUUUAUCCACCACUGUUAGCUUAGACAAACACCAGAUCAUCCACACCCGACUGAGGCCGUACCCCUGCUCCGUACCGGCCUGCACCAAGAGGUUCUGCUCACCAGCCGAGCUGAAGAGACACACACUCACACACACAGGAGAGAAACCAUUCCCCUGUACAGACUGUGACAAGAGCUUCACCAUACUGGCUGCGUUAAAGACCCACCAGAGAACACACACAGGAGAGAGACCGUAUGUCUGUGAGGUGUGUGGAAAGGGUUUCGCCCAAACGGGGAACCUGAGAUCCCACGAGCGCAGGCACACCGGAGAGAGACCGUUCUCCUGCUCUUUCUGUGGAAAGACAUUUGUCGAGUCUGGCCACCUGAAGAAGCACCAGCGUAUCCAUACAGGAGAGAAGCCGUACCACUGCAGCAGCUGCCCCAUGAAGUUCCCUUCCUCCAGCGAGCUCAGGGUCCAUGAGAAGAUCCACAGCCAGGACAAGCCUCACAGCUGCUCCUACUGCGACAAGGCAUUCAAACAGCUGUCCAACCUCAAGCUCCACCAGAGAAUACACUCUGACGAGAAGCCUUACGUCUGCUCCUACUGCGACAAGACCUUCCGUGCUCAGGGAACCUUAAAGGUGCAUCUGAGGACUCACACAGGAGAGAGGCCUUACCCCUGCUUAGACUGUGACAAGCGUUUCAUCACGUCCUCAGAGUUAAAGGUGCACCAGAGGAUUCACACAGGAGAGAAGCCCUUCUACUGCUAUGACUGUGGGAAGAGUUACUAUCAGCUGAAGCAGCUGAAGGAACAUAUGAAGUUCAACCCGGAUCACAGCACCACACGUAGCGGACUCAAUAACAUAGAGGACGAGGACAAGCUCUACUCUACGUCACACGAUGAUGAUGUAACAAUGUCUUGAUUUUUUUUUUUUUGGCUAGAAACAAACAUUUUUUUUAUUUAUUUAACCUUUAUUUAACUAGGCAAGU